UACAUAUAUUGAGUAAUCUUUAAUAUAAUGAUGUUAAAUAAAAGUUGUGUAAUAGUUAGUUGCAUUUAAAUGAGUUGUAGUGUCUGAAGGUCUGCCGAAAUAAAUGUUAUUUUAAGACGUCGACAACGAAUAUGUAUUCUACUUUUAGACAAUUCAGCAGAAAUUGUUCAAACAUCAUUAAAAAUGUUAAUAGACUCGCACACAAUGAAGCCAAAAAGGCUGAUUUGGAAAAGAGGAGGGCGCAGAUGAUGGCUAAGGGACUGCCAAAGCUCAAACCUAUACCAAAUGUCAAAGAUAUCAUAUUGGUAUCAUCUGGAAAAGGGGGUGUUGGGAAAUCAACCACUGCUGUGAAUCUGGCAGCUGCCAUGAAGGUGGAAUUUCCUGAGAAGAAUGUAGGUUUGUUGGAUGCUGAUGUGUUUGGUCCAUCAGUUCCUUUGAUGAUGAACCUGGAUGAUACUCCUAUUCUCAAUGAUAAAAAUUUAAUGGAACCAUUAGUUAACUAUGGCGUUAAAUGCAUGUCCAUGGGGUUCUUGAUGUCAGAAAACGCAGCGUUGAUAUGGAGAGGGUUGAUGGUUAUGCAGGCGUUGGAGCGUCUUAUGAGGCAAGUGGAAUGGGGUCCUACAGACUAUUUGAUAGUAGAUACACCUCCGGGCACUGGAGAUACCCAUUUAACGCUUCUUCAGAACUUGCCAAUAACUGGAGCAAUUCUGGUCACGACGCCUCAGUCUGCUUCGAUCCAAGUCACGCGAAGAGGCGGUGUAAUGUUUGAGAAAAUGAAGAUACCCAUUAUUGGAAUAGUGGAAAACAUGAGCAGCAUUAAGUGUCCUGCUUGUCGCUCGAAUAUCCAAUUGUUUGGUAACGGUGUUGAUGAUCUCGCCGAAGAGUUCGAGACGCAGAUUCUGCAGCAUAUACCCUUAGAGAAGGAAAUUAACAGUAGCAGCGACAAAGGUGUACCUAUAAUCAUCGGUAAACCGAACUGCAAUGAAGCCAUUGUUUACAAGAAAUUAGCGCAACAAGUUAAAGAAUUCGUCGAGAAUAAACCAAAGUAGAAGAUUUUAUAAGUUUAGCAAAUAUUUAUUUGAUCCGAUUUAUUGAUAAUAAUCGACGCUUUGGAAGUGUAUCAUUAUGUAUAAACACACAUUUUUCUUCCAAUAAAGUAAUAAGUUCCUUAAAAAAA